GGAAGUGCGUCCCGCGCUCACUUCCGCUCUUUCCACUUACCAUUGAAAAUGGCGAGCGAAGAUGUUGCAGUGAAACGGGUAGCGCUCUGUUCGGCAAUUUUUGCAGGAUUUGCUUACGUUGGGUACUCCAUUCUGAGAUCUGCAUUCUGCGCAAAGGGCAACGGCAGAGAUGACAAGGGAACAAGAAAACUGAUCAAGUUGAAAAAGAAGAAAAAACACAAAGGCUUGCCGGAGCGUGACACGGCGCACCGGUCAAGCCAGACUGACCUCUCCGUGCCCGCUGACUACACCACGACCUCGCCUGCGGAGCUGCACUUCAUCCCCAAGUCUGUGCGCAACAAGGUCCGCGAACUCAACCUCAAGGCUCGGAUGUUCGACGACCACUACUUUGCGCGUAUCUUCAAGCCGCGCAGCCUCCAAAAUUCACCCUGGGGCUCCCCAAAGGCCCUCAGUCCGAUUGGAUUUGAGCGCGACACCUACCUGAGCCGCUCGGCCGAGAACAUCAACAUGACUCCGACGACUCCGUUGAAACGGAGGAACUCUUCGCGGUCGAGUCGCGCCUCUCUGCACUGGGGUUGCAACGACCUGAGCGCGGAAUGCAACGACGACCGUGUGCUGAACCGAGCCAUGUUGUCGCGUGAGACGGACGAUUUGCUGCACGACAUCCUGCACGGUUUGUAUAAUAAAGCGCGGGUGAUGACCGUGUACGAAGCGAAGUGCCUCGUGACGCUGCUGGGAUCGGCGGAUGAAGACACAGUCGUGAAGACGUUGACGACGAUAUCAAAUUGUGCAGCCUUCACAAUUAAUCAGGACUACCUAUGCGAUGUCGGAUGCCUGCCUCAUUUGAAGGAGCUCCUCUCUCAUGACUGCCCUGCUGUUCAAGUAGCCGCAACUCAAGCUGUCGCCAACAUGGCAGUGAACGAAAGAAAUCAACGACUCUUGCAGCCCUGUGUUCCGCAACUGCUGUCCGCAGCUGUCACCUGCAAUGGAGGCCGUUACCUGCAGUCGGUCUCCCUCCUGUGCCUCACCAAUCUGGCUUUGUGUGAUGAGGUGCAUGUGGCACUUCACGGUUCGCUGCAUCAGCUCUGCAAUCUCAUAGAAACUGCAGAGGGCAGCACGCGUCUUCAAACACUCAAGCUCCUGGUGAACCUUUCGUGCAGUGGAACAACUGUACCUUACCUUCUCGCAGCAAGGGCUCCACAGAACCUCCACUCCUUACUGGAGUCCUCAGACAGAGAAGUGGUAUUGCGGAUCCUCACCUACUUGGCCAACGUGGUGUCGUACGCCGCCAAGCACAACAUCACCCUCUUGGACCUACCUCAGGAGCACAGGGCAGCCGCACCAGAGAUGCUCUACGCUGCCCUCUGUGGCAGUCCAGCACGGGACCGCCUGCAGUCAGUCUCCUGCACCUUGGCUCGCAGUUCCGAUGAAGACCUUAGUUUCCAGGCAAGCCGGCUUCACAAUGCUCUCGUCAGGUAAUGAUUGCGCGGGUACCUCAUCAUAUGGACGUUUGGUUAGGAACAGAGUUUGAAUGUUGUGAGUUGUUGUACGUUCUCUCAUUCAUUUUUAAAUUGGAUGAACAAAUUUGUUUUGGUAUUUGUUUUGAGACAGUUUUCCGUUCGAAAUACGGAAUGGUGACUGCUUCGAGUUCUUGGUGUUUGGAUGUGUCUCGCAGUAGUGCUGCUCCCACGAGACUUUUUCCUGUGUCCUUACGGAGAUACUUGUAGGAAACAGGGUGUCGGAAUUCCCUGGUGGUGGAGGGUGACACGAGCAGCUGCUGGCUUUUUUGGCUGGUAUUUUGCGGUAGUGGUGUUCUGUGGAUUAUCUGAACACCCGGACUUCUUAGUGUGACGAGGAGCGUACCUGUUGUGGAUGGGAUGCCGUGGCAUGCUCUACACGUUGAUCUAUGUUUUCCAGCGUAUUUAUUCCUGAUAUGUAAAUAUUUCUAGAAAUGUAUAGUAAUCUCGUUCUAAAUGAACAGUACAAGGGAAGAACCAUUGUGCAGAAGGCUCUCCCUGUUUAGAUGUUAUCCUUUCAUUGCAAUUGUAAAGACAACGUGGAGGAAGGAGUGAAAGGAGACAACCCUCUCACACCUAAAAGCAAAGAUUGGGGGCCAGUCAUGUGACAUCCAUAGCCAUUCAAAGGAGCAGUGACAAAUACUUGAUGAACGAUGCUGGGUUUCAAGCAAUGGUGUCACUUCACUGCCCCUUUAAAUGGUAGUUUUGGAAUUCCUGGACAGAUACAAGGCCUUCUCAUUGGCCUUGCUUCAGAGAAGCCCAAAUUUAUCUCCCAUUCGUACGUCACUUGCCCCACGCCUCUUCUCUCCUCCUGAAUACCUUUGGGGCCUGUCCUCCUCCUCCUCCUUCUAAGUUUUGCAGCAAGUACUUUGCUUUGUGUGUCGUGUAUCUUUCAGCUGUUUUGAUGUACGUAGACCGAUACAUAAUAUUCUUUAUCACUUUUCCUGAUGCAGCUCAAAGUGAGGCAACAAAUUAUCAUUGUCAUCCUUAGCCUUACGCAGCUAAGGCUAGUAUAUUUUCGCGUUGUUCCUAGCGUUGAUUUCAACGUUGCCUGUUUUUACACUUGUUCAUCCAUUUUGAAGCCACACGAAAUAAUGUUGUUCGUACAUACUGUGAAUUCCUUGGCAAUGUCGCAAAAAAGUACAAGGAAGUCAAGCGACCUACCAUGUUUUGAUGACGAUGAUGAUGAUUGAGGUGUUUCAUUGCCGCAGAAAGAAGUGAAGCAUUUCAGAAAGGGAAAUAUUUUUCUUGUUGUGACGCUAGUCAGAUUUAGUGCAGAGAUGUGCUGCUGUGUAUUAAGCUAGUUCGGUGUAUAGCAAUAUUUUGGAGACAUUAGUAGUGUACUAGACGUCGAUGUCAUGAGGGACACAAUUCCGAGCAGUCUAGAAGCUGCGACGGGCAAGUUUAUGAAGAUGGACAACACAAUUUAGCUACAGUUCGUGCAAUCAAUAUAGUUGUUGUACCUUUCAGAUAUUAGAAUGAUUAGUUACCUUUAGAGCCUGAAGUUUUCGGGAUAUUUUUUCCUCCGCAAUUCAGGGGGUAAAUCGGAGAAAUCAACACGUGCUCUAAAUUCAUGCGAACUCGUGUGGAAAAACUUUUAGUUUGCUCAAUUCGGGAAGAAAACGGGCUCUAUUACUCAAACGAACUGUACUGGUUUGGUGCAAAUGGUGAUGUAAUUGCAUUUGCUGUCAAACAAGUUAGUGUGCAUUCCUACAGACAUUUUAGUGUGGGCAAUUUGCCGGGUAAAAAUCGGGUUUCACCCUAAAGAGGCAACCCUCAAUUCAGGACGCAACUUCGGGGAAGAAACGGGUUAAACCCUAAAACUUCGGGCUCUGGUUACCUUCUACAAAUUCUACACCUUUGCAUCAAUUGUACCAAACAUUUCUUUGGCGCAGUUAUUUAGUCGCAUUUACUUGCGUGGCCACCGCCAGGAUUUGAGCACAAAAUUGAUUUUAGAUUUUUUUUCUAGCUCUUUAUAUUGUUUGUGCAGCAACAGUGUAACUUAUUAGAAAAAGGCAUGAUAGAAUAGUGUAUGGAAUGCUCAUGCAACACGUGUAUAAACAUGAUCUGAAAAAGUUCUUACUCAUUCACGCACAAUAAGCCCAGAGGGUAGAUAUAUUCUUCCUUUGAUAGGGACAUUAUUUUUUUGACAGAGGAGAGACGUAUGUACAGAAGUAUUUAUAGAGAGAGAAUAUCACGACAAAGAAGCGACUACUGAACGGACCGUCCGAGAUGCGUAACAGACUAGGCUGUACAGUUUCUUUAAACGUGUACAAUUUUGUCGUACUGGAACAGUGACACUGCUACAUGUUUGCAGCAUGCUGACGAUGGAAGUUAUUGUUCUGUGCUCAUCCGUUAUCGUAAAAAAAGUUAUAGUGCGCUUUCUAAAGUCAUUAGGUCAUUCAUGGAGCAUUGUGUUCAAGUUGCUCAAGUAUUUAUAUUGUUGCCCAACUUGUGUUUUCUGACAAAGCUUUAUCGUGUUCUUAUGUUAGGAACAGUGGCUAGAAUUGUAGUGUGGUAGGUACGGACAAGGACAAAAAGGUCGAAAGGAAUAGAAACUCCACGUGCCAUUAAAAUCUAAGAGUUGGAGAGUUCACAUGAUUGCAUACUAUUUAUUAUGUGUCAUAACGGAAUUUAUGUUUGACAGUUUAAUAUAUUUGAAGCAUAUACUAUAGGUUCCCGACGGUGUCGGAAACCACUUCCAUUGUGGCAGGACCCUGAGCAAUUAAUGUUCUCCUGGUCACCGAUUGUGAGUUAUUGACACAAUGUAGGAAACUAAGUGAAAACUUUAAAUGACGCUAGAAUGUGA